CUGACGAGUCAACAAUCAUUAUAAUUACAAUGACGGCUCAUAAACCGAACCACAGGGCAUAUAUAAGCAGCUAAGCGAGAGACUUCAAAUCAGUUCGCAAUAUUCAGGCGUAAAAUGAUCAGAUUGACGGCAAUUGUAGCUAUUCUAGCCUUGGGUUGUGCUUUGGCGCAAGGAGCGGAUGAACCCAAGUGCGGAGUUUGUCAGAGCGCAAACGAUGCCCUCUGCGUUACGGAGACCUCAUAUUACAAUUGCUUUGAUGGUAACAAAUACGGAAAUGAGAUUCAAUGCGAUGCGGACUACGUUUGCACCAAUGCAGAUUCAAUAUGCGUGAAGGAAACUGAUCUCGUUGAGCUUACUGACAUAGUAAAUGUGUGUGGCAGCGGCUCCAGCGGCUGCGGGGUUUGCUCUGAUAAUCAAAUGUACACCUGUGUUAGCAAGAAUCAAGCUGGACGCUGUAUUAAUAAUGCAAUAUCCGCCGUAGUUGAUUGCAAAGAGGAUGAGAUAUGUGUGUCUGACAUUGGAUUAGCAGACGUUUCCGUCUGUGUGCCACAGUGUGCGGCGGACUUUUUGAAAAAGUCAGCCACCUGCAGUGGGGAUGAUGGAUACACCACAACAACUGCGGCGCCAGCAUCAACGAUGAGUCCUUCUGAGCGAGUAGCCAUCUGCACGCAGGAAUCAAGUGGAGUUUCCACAUUAUUUUUCUAUGCUUAUGCCGAUACGACAUGCAAGUCCGCAAUAUACUGCCAGAGGAACAGUCUUACCAGCGAUGAUUGGGUAACCGUGCCAAGAACGUGCCCAUCCUCCACGCCGUAUUUCGAUACGCGCACCAAAGCUUGCGUGGCUACCAAGCCGGCUAGUUGUCCCGCAUAGUCUCAGUUGUCCAACAAGGCAAAUAAGAAAUUCCGGUCCCAAAAACUAGCCUCAGUGUCUGCAUUUAAAGCAAGCCAUAAAAAUUUGCUAUUAAAAUUAUGAUGCUUUAAUUCGAUGUCUAUAACAAAAGUUCUUAACACACAGGUCACAUAUUCUUUAAAAUAUAC